CUAAGAUUUCAGUGUAAAAUAAUUAAGUCCCCUUUUUAUUAUCCAUGACAUCGCGUCUAGCUUUCUGAUCUUUUCAGCCGUUGAUUUUUCUAUCUCCCUCACGCACGUCUCUCUAUCCUCUGAUUUUCUUCAGCCGGCGUUUCUCCUCUGCUGGCCGGCUUCCUCCCAGCCGUGGAGUUCUAACGGCGAUUGGCCGUCCCUGCUCCCAUAGCCGGCGCUUGGCCUUCUGCUCGCCGCGGAUGCGCGCUAACUGCGAGGUCUUCUCCCUCCUCCUGCGCGCGCUCACUGCUCUCUGGUACCCCGCCGUCGGCUUCUGCUCCAAUUCCAGUCCCCAACGCCAGCCGCCGCCCCUGGGUUCUUCAGAAAAAAUCUGCCGCCACCGCUGAUGGAAAAAGAUCCAGCCGCCCUCUGCUCUGAUUUUCUUGCCGCCGUUCUGUUGAUCUUUUGGGCGCGCGGUGCUUAUCUCCCAGCACGCCGUGCCCAGCCUCCCUUCUCCUUCCACGCAACCAUCCACGCGUGGUUGUCCUCACGAACACCGUUUCACACUAUCACCCUAUCUUCACCGUCCGUAGUGUCAUCGUCGGGAUGUCUUAGCUGCAACACCCGCGCCCUUGACCGUAUCCAAAGCUCUAUAUUGGAUUCGUCAGCGUGCUACUCGCCCACUGGCUCCUUGACGUUCUCGAUUCCGUCGUCAUUCCGUGCGUCGUCAAAAAAUCCCAAGAGUCGGGUGAAGACGGAGCCAACAGCAUGGUGUUCACCAAAUGCCCGACAAAAAGCUCGAACCAGUCGUCAAUUAUCUCGACAACAACCACAUCCAAGACUCCAGCGUUCCAAUAAUUUUGUCUCAUCGCCCUUCAAAUCCGAGUCCUCGUCCGUAGGAUCGUCGUUGACCUUGCAACUUCAGCUCGAGUUAAUUAUGGUAAGUUGA